CGGUGGUGACAUUUCUUUUACAAAUCAAAACAGCAAUCUCGCGAUGUUUGCGAUUUUCAGCGAAAAAAAUUAAAUAUUUCGUAUCAGCUGUGCAUAACAAUGUACUUGAAAAUGCAAAAACAAUUAGAAUUAAUUAGAUACUCGGUAGCGGAAUGUGAAUAACUAUCGUGAAAUAUAAAAACCGUUUGUAAUUCUGUGCAAUCGAGUGACGAUCUUCACUAAUUAACGCUGUAAAAUGGGAGCGAAUAUUUCUCAGCUGGAGCGUGAUAUCGGAGCCGAUCAAUUUCCGCCGAAUGAGCAUUACUUUGGAUUAGUUAAUUUUGGAAACACCUGCUACAGUAAUUCCGUGUUACAAGCACUUUACUUUUGUCGACCAUUCCGGGAGAAGGUUCUCGAGUACAAGGCCAAGAACAAACGUACAAAGGAAACGUUACUGUCAUGCCUAGCGGAUUUGUUCUACAGUAUAGCCACUCAGAAGAAAAAGGUUGGCUCCAUAGCGCCGAAGAAGUUUAUCGCCCGGUUGCGCAAGGAGAAGGAAGAGUUCGACAACUACAUGCAACAGGAUGCACAUGAGUUUUUAAACUUUCUGAUAAACCACAUAAACGAAAUUAUAUUGGCCGAACGAAAUCAAGCGAAAGGGGCCGCUGGAUCGAGCGGCAAUAAAAACAUCGGCAGCAUCGGAGGUGGAAGUCUGAACGGGGACAACUCCGGGCAGCCCCAAGAACCAACCUGGGUGCAUGAGAUAUUCCAGGGUAUUUUGACCAGUGAAACGAGAUGCCUGAACUGCGAAACUGUAAGCAGUAAGGACGAAAACUUUUUCGAUCUGCAGGUGGAUGUGGAUCAGAAUACGAGCAUAACGCACUGUUUGCGAUGCUUCAGCAAUACCGAAACGCUGUGCAGUGACAACAAGUUCAAGUGUGACAACUGCUGCAGCUACCAGGAGGCCCAGAAACGCAUGCGAGUGAAAAAGCUACCGAUGAUACUGGCGUUGCACCUCAAGCGGUUCAAGUAUAUGGAGCAGUACAAUCGACACAUCAAAGUGUCCCACCGGGUUGUGUUUCCCUUGGAAUUGAGAUUGUUCAAUACGUCGGACGACGCGGUCAAUCCUGACCGACUUUACGACCUAAUGGCCGUGGUAAUUCACUGCGGUUCGGGACCCAAUCGAGGGCACUACAUCAGCAUUGUAAAAAGUCACGGAUUCUGGUUGCUGUUCGACGACGACAUGGUUGAUAAAAUUGAGGCCUCAACUAUUGAAGACUUUUAUGGUCUUACUUCUGAUAUACAGAAAUCGUCCGAAACUGGCUAUAUCCUGUUCUACCAAUCACGAGAUGCAACAUGAAGCUUGUAAGUAUGAACAUAGUUGUUUUAAAUUAGAGACGUAAAAUUAAUUUAUUCUACUGAGUAUAUAUAUCAAAAACCGUAAUUUGUUAGCAUAUUUUGUGAUAAGGAUAAAAUGAAAUUUUCAUUCCUAAAUAAAGAAAAAAUCCACUUGGGUAAA